AUGAAGUUACUUGGUUGGAUGCAUAGGAAAUUUCGACAGAAUAGUAGUGGAGAACCAUUCAAAGAUUUGGUCAUUGGGAAUUCAUGCAAUUGCCUCUCAGGCCAAUCACAAGAUGAAGAACACAACUAUCAUCAAAAACCAAAUUUCGGAAUCAAAUUCACCAAAAAACCUCAAUCCAACACCUUCCGAAAAUCCUUCGCCGGCCUAGAAUCAACCCGAGAACACCACGAAGAAGAGUUCGGAAGAGAAUCCCAAGACGACGCCAUGUUCGAUCUCUUCCCCGGCUUCCUCGCAAUCGGAACCCUAGGAUCCGACACACCAACAUUCCCAAACAGCUCAGUCCAAACCAUAACCGAAAACGAAAACGAAGACGAAGUAACCGAAAACGAUCUCAAGCUCAUCAACGACGAGCUAGAGAAAGUCCUUGUUGCAGAAACAAAAGACGAUGUGAUCAGCUACGAUUCGUCGAGCCGAAACAGCCAUGUCAGCACCGGGAGAAGCAGCCAUGUAAGCAUAAUAACAAUAACCGGAAAACCAAUUGAAGCAACAGGAACGGGAACAGGAACAGGAACAAGAGAUUCAUAUUCAAAUGCUGUUUGUCCUUUACAAGGCUAUUUGUUCGGAACAACAGUCGAAUAUUCUGAAACUGCCGCGGCUAGUGUUGGCGGGAACAAGAAAGAGCAUAGAACUUCGCUUGGGGAGUUGUUUCAGAGAAGUAAAAUGGCGGAAGAGAGUUGUUUUGGGAAAGAUGAGAAGAGAGACGCUGAGAAAUAUUCUGCUAUGAAUUUGAUGAAAGAGAAAGUGAAGAAGAGAAUGUUUCAUUCUUGUUCUAAGAAUUCUUCUUCUGUCAAUGGUGGAAAUGGUGAUUCUGUUUCACCUGAAACAAAACUCAAUAAGAUACUCCAUAUGUUUAGGAAGAAAGUUCAUCCAGAAAAUUCAACAAGUGGACACAAAUCUGGUAAACAUAAAAAGAAUGAGAGCAAGAAGAAAAUGAUGAAUGAUGGAGGUUUCAACAAAGGCUACCUUGUUCAUCCAGAUGAAGAUUCAUCUUCUUACAGGGAGCAUUGGAUCAAAACAGAUGCAGAUUAUUUAGUUCUAGAGCUUUGA